AUGGCACCUCGACGUUACCCUGUUCGUAACGAAAACUACGGAAACCAUCGUCAUGGCAACCGUGAUGACGAAUUCCCACCUCCACCUCCACCAUUUAAUGAUGGAGUGCAUCCGGCCUUAGUUGAAUUUAUGGCUAAAACUACUAGGCAGUUUGCCGAAGGACCGUUAGUUGCUGAAGCUUGGAUUACGGAUAUCGCGCUAUUGCAUGAGACCCUUGGCUGUACUGAUGAGCAAAAGGUUAAUUAUACAGGACUAAGGUUAACCGAUGAAGCUGCAAGAUGGUGGAAGUCUAAGAAAGGACUCUUAGGAAUAGAGUUGGGACAUGGGGUUGCUAUCCCUUGGGAUAGGUUUUUAGAGGAAUUCAAUGGGCGUUUCUUUCCAAGGGCACAAAGGCAGAUACGGGCCAUCGAAUUCCAGAAUCUGGUGCAAGGCACAAUGAUGGUAGAGCAAUAUUCCUCUAGGUUUAUUGAACUAGCGAGGUUUGGCCUCAACCUAAUCCCAGAUGAAGAAUCGAAGGCGGAAUGUUUUGAAAAUGGCCUUAAUCCUCGUGUUAUGGAGAGAGUUAUGUGUCAUGAAAUCAGAAACUUUGUCAAGUUGGUCGAUAUAGCAUCGAUUGCCGAACGAGGAAUGCGCGAAUCAUCCGCCGCUUACGAACUGAAAAGGCCAGCAGCAUCGCAGGUGUCAUACCCAUCCAAACGACCUGCACUUGGUACUGGAAGCAGGCCAGCUGAGAAGAGGAAUUUCCCUCCAACAGCAGGGAAUCAGGCGACUUCAUGCUAUAAGUGCGGGAAGGUGCAUGCUGGAGAGUGCAAGGCUAGCGAACCAAACUGCUUCAGGUGUGGUCAAUUUGGCCACUUCAAGAGGAACUGUCCACUGGAUGCCCCAGAAGGAUCCCGACCCCCAGGAAACAACUUUCCACCAAGGCGACCCGCCCAAGCGAGGGUGUAUACCUUAACUCCGGUUGAGGUAGACGAAGAAGAAGAACGAGGUGUUAACGAUGUUGUGACAGGAGCUACACAAUCAUUCAUUUCUGAAGCAUACAUUAAAUUACGUCAUGUUAGCACUCGACCUUUAGUACAAAGUCUUACGGUUGAAACCCCUGGAGGAAAGAAAGUCAGAGAAGGUAGUCGUUUUUCAAUUGCCAGGUGUUGA